CUCAGGAACGACAACGCCACGGGGAAAGCUCGAACAAUCCAAAUAUACAGUUUUCAAGCACUGAAAAUAGAGUAGGACGUGGAGAUGAUGGCCAUCCUUCAACUCCCAGCUCUUCAAAGUCUCCGGUUUUACGUAUGGCUCUGGGUAUAUAUCUGAGCAGUGUAUCGCCCAACAGCGGCAUCAAACAAUUCUCUGAACAUCUCAAACAUCUUCAAAACUCUCCAAACCUCUUUAGCCAUCUUCACCAUGCAACUCUACCAAGUCAUUGUCGGAGCCGCCCUCCUGGUGCCCGCCCUCGCUGCCGGCACUCCGCCCCCUACAUCCAAGCACUGGGGCCUCGAAUGCGGUCCCCAGGUCAGACUAUCAACCUGCAAAGACCCGCGACACUUCACACGCUGCAACGGUGCCAACCCCGUGUGGACAGCCAAUGCCUCGCCAGAAUGCGAGCUCUACUGUCACUGCUCUGAGGACGCCGGCACACCUCCGCCCGCUUAUGGAAAAGAGCACCCCCCGCAGAUCCCCCCGAUCCGCCCCGUUAGCCCUCUGAACUUGAACGGCAAGAAGGGCGGAAAGGUGAAGAGGGAAGAGCUUUUCGUUGCGUAGGCAUACAAAGCGAUAAGCAGGAAGCGAACUGAGUGGCGUUUUGGAGUUCCGGAUAGCUGUAAGAUUACGUGCUAUGUAUUGCAGACUAGCUUAGGCUAGGAAAAUUCAAAAGUUUUGCU